AUGCAAUGUUCCUGGAAGGCUGUCCUCCUACUAGCCUUGGCAUCCAUUGCAAUCCAGUACACAGCAAUUCGGACCUUCACUGCCAAGUCUUUCCAGAGCUGCCCCAUCCCCAGCCCCGUGAACUGCAGCCCGAGCCAGGAGGCAGACGCGGCUGAGAGGCUGUGCGAUGAGAGCCCCACGUUCUCCUACAACCUCUCCAGGAAGACUCACGUCCUCGUCCUGGCCACGACUCGCAGUGGCUCCUCCUUUGUUGGGCAGCUGUUCAACCAGCACUUCGAUGUCUUCUAUUUAUUUGAGCCCCUCUACCAUGUCCAGUAUACCCUGAUCCCAAAGCUGACCCAGAGCAAGAGCACGACAGACAGGAGGGUCAUGCUGGGGGCCAGCCGAGACCUGCUGAGGAGUCUGUAUGACUGCGACCUCUACUUCUUGGAGAACUAUAUCAAACCCCAGCCUGUCAACCACACCACCGACCGCCUCUUCCGCAGGGGAGCCAGCAAGGCCCUGUGCUCACCGCCUGUCUGCGAGUCUCUGGGAGGUGUCGAUCUCCACCUGGAGGAGGGAGACUGCGUGAAGAAGUGUGGGACCUUGAACCUGACGCUGGCCACUGAGUCCUGCAGAGAGCAUGGGCACGUGGCCAUCAAAACCGUGAGGGUGCCUGAGGUCAGCGACCUCCGGGCCCUGGUGGAGGACCCGCGGCUGAACUUGAAGGUCAUCCAGCUGGUGAGGGACCCCAGAGGGAUCCUGGCAUCCCGGAGCGAGACCUUCCGGGACACCUACCGGCUGUGGAGGAUCUGGGAUGGCACCGGCAGGAAGCCGUACAACCUGGACGUGACCCAGCUCACCACUGUGUGUGAGGACUUCUGGAACUCCGUGUCCACCGGCCUCAACCGGCCGCCGUGGCUCAAGGGCAAGUACAUGCUGGUGCGGUACGAAGACCUGGCCAGGAACCCCAUGAAAAAGACCGAGGAGAUCUACGAUUUCCUGGGCAUCCCCCUGGACAGCAACGUGGAGCGCUGGAUACAGAACAACACGCGAGGAGACAGGUCCUCCUCCAAACACAAGUACGGGACGGUGCGCAACUCGGCAGCGACGGCAGAGAAGUGGCGGUUCCGGCUCUCCUACGAGAUCGUGGCCUUCACCCAGCACGCCUGCCAGCAGGUGCUGGCGCAGCUCGGCUACAGAACCGUCACCUCCGAGGAGGAGCUGAAGAACCUCUCCAUCAGCCUGGUGGAGGAGAGAGACUUCCUGCCCUUCGCCUAA